GACACGACGACGGCAGUUGCAGGACGGCUGCGAAGAGGUGCCAUCAUGUUUGGGAUGUUUCUGCCCGUUGUUCUGCUCCUCUCCUUGGUGGCCUCUGUUCCUUCCCCCUCCAAGGCCCCUCACAGACUCUGCCGACGCUGCUGUGACCAUCUGGAGCCACCAGAGGGCUCCACUGCCCGCACUGCCACGCCAUACCAGGUGCCUGAAGUCCGAACCUACAUCAACAUGACCAUCCUCAAAGGGGACAAGGGUGACAGAGGGGAGAGAGGGACAUCGGGGAAAGCAGGACAGGAGGGGCAGGCAGGGUCCCAGGGCCCCAUGGGUCCCAAAGGAAGCAAAGGCCAGGCUGGUCCUCCCGGUGACCCCUGCAAGACCCAGUAUUCUGCUUUCUCGGUGGGCCGGCGGAAGGCCCUGCACAGUGUGGAGUACUACCAGGCGCUGGUCUUCGACACCGUCUUCGUCAACCUCCACGAGCACUUCAACAUGUUCAAGGGCAAGUUCUACUGCUACAUCCCGGGGAUCUACUUCUUCAACGUCAACAUCCACACCUGGAACUUCAAGGAGACCUACCUGCACAUCAUGCAGAACGAGCAGGAGAAGGUGAUCGUCUACGCCCAGCCCAGCGACCGCAGCAUCAUGCAGAGCCAGAGCAUCAUGCUGGAACUGGAGCAGAACGACGAGGUGUGGGUGCGGCUCUACAAGCGAGAGCGGGAAAAUGCCAUCUACAGCGACGACGUGGACGUCUACAUCACCUUCAACGGCUACCUCAUCAAGCCCAGUGUGGAGUAAACCCUGUGACGAGCCCCCAGUUUUAACCCCUCCAUUAGUGGUCCUGUUAUGUAGGUAUUGGCAGGGCAACAGUCACAAAGUUGUUCUGUCUUAAAUCUUAAAAUCCAGAUUUCAUUAAAGCCAUAGACACUAAGUAAAUAGCUAGUAAGUGAACAAAUAAUGAGGCCUUGAGGGAUUUUCAAGCCAUUGCA